CCUUAAUUAUUGUCCAAUGAUGUGCACAGGCUUACAAGAUCGGUUAACAGGUUGAUGACUCGUAAUUAGUUUUCAUUAACCAAAAUGCAUCGAAUGCAUACUUUAUAUUUUUAAUUUUUGAUCGAUUAUAAGGUUUAUGAUAAAUCUCAAGCGAAAAAUGAUCUCACCUUUUAUUACUUUCAACCUGUACACUUGAACUUGUGUAAUCAACAUUUAUCUCUUUAUUAUUUCCUAAUUAGACAUCCUAGUGUGACUUAAUUAUGGGUGGAGCGAACCCAAUCAACAAGAAACCUUUAAAACAAAAACAAAGUGAAAUCAUUCAACUCACAAUUUAAUAUUUGUGUAAUAUUUGAUUAUCUGUGUUGUGAUGCAACAAAAGCUAAACAUUCUGGUAUUCACUGAUAUCUUCUGGUAACAUUAUCGUUUCUCCCCUGAUCUGAACUUCUAUUUCUCAACAACACCUUGCAACAUCCAUCACACUUCAUUCAUUUCAACAUCCUGUGCUUUAAGAUCCAUAUUUUUCCCUUUUUUCAUUCCUUUUCUUUUGCUUUUUACUUUUCCUUUUUUUACUCCUUUUUAUCACCUUUUCCUUCAGGGUUAUUCAUUUUUAUAUCACAAAUCUCACCUACACCUUACCUCUAUCAGCAAUCCUUUUACCAAUAAACAAAUCAUUUUUACUUGAUGAGCUUACACUUUCCCGAUCUUCCGACACUUUCUCUAAUAUCUUCAUUUAUCUUCCCUUCUUCGUCUGCUUCUUCUCACUCCACUUGACUCGGGUCAUUGAAUUUGAUCGCAAGUUUUUGCUUCAUAUUCAUUGAUUUCCCAGCUCUGCUAACUUUCAGCAGACAAUCAGAUUUAGAGUUAAUCCUGGGCUCAUUAUAUUUUCCCAUCUGUAUGCAUUAGAUUGAUAAUUUAGCUGAUGAUAAAUCGAAAAUCUUUCCAUGUAUUACCAAACAUGACAUUGAACGGAAAAGGGACAUCAAUUUGGUGAAUGUAAAGACUCUGUUAACCAUGUAACGCUAAAUGCGACGAAAACUAUCUGCCAUCAACAAUUUAAUCAUUUCAGAUUAAUGAUAUUUCACAAGUAAUCACGUAAUCAAGUCUGGCUCGAGAAAAAAUUGCAACUUUUGUUGCUUUUUUUAACAGCUUGUCAAAUUUCAAAGUAAUAGUUGACAAUUCACAAUACUUGUCAACCUGUUUACACACUUUUUUCAUUGCAUUUAUCAUAUUUUUAUAUUUUUUGGAAACAAAUUUGCAAUUCAUUGAUUCAAAUCAGACAUUUCCACCCGAUUCAUCUUGUCUCAAGUUUGUUAUCAUUUCUAUUUUGCUUACACAAUUGAUAUUUUCAUCAUUAUUUGCUUUUUUUAUCAAAAUGUCAACUCAAUCCUGUUUAUUUUGUAUCUUUUGUGUACUUCAGGAUGACACGAAAAAUGGAAAAAUUAACAAGAAUCAAUAAAUCAAUAUUGUGGGCAAUAAAAGUUAAGUGGCCCUAGAAAAGGAUUCAAAAUUUCUUGGAAUUUUAAGGUCAAUUAUUGAUUUUUACUGUUCUUCUUCUUCUUCAACUCUGAACAAUAAAAGCCAAGAAGAAAGCUCAUGAAACAGAUGAUCAAGAGGGAAACCAAGAUGCCUGUGAAGUUGUUUUCAUCUGAGGUGAUUAUUGCUGGUUUAAUCAAUGGGUUUUUCACCAAGUGUAGACAUUAAAGAAGAGGAAAAUUGAUCAAGGGAAGCUGUUGAUUUUCACACGAUUUUACCCGAUUUAUUGUUGAUUAAGAUGUUACUUGGAUGGUUAAGGAAGGACGAGGAGAAAGAGAAGGCGGAUGAUGAUGGUGAUGAGAGAAGGAGAAUCAUUUCCAAGACAAUGUUCCUAUUUAAUUGUUACUUUCUCUCUUUAUCUUCAUCCCAUUUCUUUAACUAUCAAAAUUUUUCUCAACAAUCAUUCGUUUUCUCUGCCUUUUUUUCGCAUUAUCAUCACAACCAUAACUUUAUCUUCUUUCUUGCCCUGGCUUUAACACCUUCAUUCUCGAUGGUCUCAUGAAAAGUAGCUGUUAGUUAAUCAUUGGUCAAUUUAGUGAUUUGAUAAUGGCAUAGAGGCUGAAAGAGUGAGAGUCUGAGUGAGAAGAAGUAUUGGUGAUGAAAAAAAAGAAAAGGCCACUUUUGCAUCUUUUUGAGAUGUAUUUGGACAUUACUUGACGUUAGUGUACAUCGACAUGAUCAACACCGAUACCUAGUUUCUUUACCAUGCGAUACAAGAUCAAUGUUAAGUUGAAUUGUACUGAGUUAAUCAACAACCUGACCAUUCUCUUGUGUAUCAAUUGAAAGUUGCUAUUGAAAAUAACAACCGAAAGACCAACAGUGAAAAGUAAACUGACGAAAAACGUAAAGUUAAACAAAUUGAAUAAGCUACAAAAGCACAAGGAUAAAGAGUAAACAAAAUUGCUCAAAUGAACUCCUCUUUGACCAUCAAUAACUCACUUAAGUUUUCCAUUGAUCGUAUCAUUGGUGAUCCUCAAGAUAAACCUCAGAGUCCAGUUAAAAACCAUGGUGACUCCAACUCAUGGUAUCAUGUUAAUCAAGCAUCUUGGGAAACAUAUCAAGCGUAUCGAAAUAUCCUUGAAACCUAUUCAUCUUAUCAUCAUCAUCAACAACAGCAACAUCAAUAUACCUCCCACCAACAGCAUCACGACCAACAAUCAAUUUCAGGUCUCCUUGAACCUGGUAUAAUUGGAUGUGACUUUAUUAUUGGAAAUGGUGAUGAAACAUCAUCAACAUCGUCACCCUCAUUUCAACACCACCAUCAUUUUCACCACAGUUUCAAUCCGGUUAAGAAACACCGUAAACCAAGCACGGAGCGACGUCCAAGGCAGGCUUAUUCAGCUAAACAAUUGGAGAAACUUGAGAAUGAAUUUCAAAUUGAUAAAUAUUUGAAUGUUAGUAAAAGAAUGGAACUCGCCAUUUCUCUUAAUUUAACUGAAGUACAAAUCAAAACUUGGUUUCAAAAUAGAAGGACCAAAUGGAAGAAGCAAAUGUCAGCAGCAUGGCAUUUAAAUAAUCAUCACAAUUAUCAAUCGCUACAAAAUGGCGAUCUUCAUCUUGCUGUCAAAAAAUAUUCCUGAUUAAAAAUGUGAAAAUAAGCCAAUUUUCCUAAAAAUAGGUAAAAAACAGGACAGGAUAAAUUGACAUUCCCCAUGAGAAUAAUGAUAAUUCAAUUGGCUUCCUUAGGAUUUUUGGUUUUCAUGUAACUUGGAGAUAAUUUAAUUAGCUAAAGUCCAAUCAGGAAGUUAAUUAAGCUGACCAUUGGUUCCAUUCUGGUUCAUUAUUAGAUGAUUCUCUGUUUGCAAUUGCUUUAGAUCUUGCUGAAUGCGAUCCAAGUUGACUAUUGAUUCAUUAUGUUUCUCAUUUUCAAUCUAUUCAGGAGACAAGAAAAAGACCAAGAAAUUAGUUAACUUGUGACCAAACUCAUUUUUAUACCAAAGAUUUAUGAUUCUUAGAUUCAAAGGCUAAAUUGGAGCAUCAAAUGGCAUCACGAAUCUGAAAUUGUAAACGAUAAUAAAGAUUGUAAUAAUGUA